UUUCGCAACUAAUCAAGACUCAAUUUUCGGAUAGUUUUCUUGCUUCGGUUUAUGAGUGUAGAAACCUACUUAUAUGACCAUGCAUUAAACACAUUAAACUCUACGAUAGCAUCAUCUGCUUAUAUAAAAAGGUUAUGUCGUUAGAAUAAACAACUUCACCUGAUGUAACCGGAUUGUAGCCGGCUAACAUAGGUACAUCGUUAUAAAAUAGCUAAAAAACAAUAACUCGUUCCUAAUUUUAUUUGGUGUUGAUAAAGGCAGGCAAAAUGACGAUUGGUAAAAAUAAUAAGAUGCUGCAGCAUAUCAAUUACAGAGUCAGAAUUAUUCUGCAAGACUCAAGGACAUUCAUAGGCACGUUUAAAGCCUUUGAUAAACAUAUGAACCUUAUACUUGGUGAUUGUGAAGAGUUUCGUAAGAUUAAACCAAAAAAUACAAAGCAACCUGAGAGAGAAGAUAAACGAGUAUUGGGCUUUGUACUUUUAAGAGGAGAAAACAUUGUUUCUCUGACUGUGGAAGGUCCUCCACCUCCAGAAGAAGGAUUACCCAGAGUACCAAUUCCUGGGGCAGCACCUGGACCUGGAAUGGGUCGUGCUGCGGGGCGUGGCAUGCCUGCUAAUGUUGCUGGAGUACCUGCUGGUUUACAAGGUCCUGUUAGAGGUGUCGGAGGUCCUUCGCAACAAAUAAUGACACCAGGAGGUAGAGGUCAAGUUUCUGCUCCACCACAGAUGCAUCCAGGUGGUCCUCCACGUAUGCCAGUUGGAGGUCCUCCACCUGGAAUGAUGGGUCCACCACCAGGCAUGAUGGGAAUGCCACCAGGAAUGCCACCCAUGGGACGUGGAGGUCCACCAAUGGGACCACCUGGAAUGAGAGGUCCACCUCCAGGUAUGAUGCGUGGUGGACCACCUCCUCGUCCAUAUUAGUACUUUUUAAGAUAAUACAAUAUUGUAACUGGUGAUAAUAAAGGUCUCUUUUAUAAUAUUAAUAUUUUUUCCAUUCAUGUAACUUUGAUUACCAGUUAUAAAGAACUUAUGUAAGAUAAAGAUAAGUAUUUUGUAUAAAUCCGAAUAAAUACUUCUCAGAUGUUUUAAUAGAAAAAAAGAACGACGUUUAGUAAAAAAUGCGUAAUUGUAAAAUUGAAGUAUAUGUACUCAAAAAUCAAUUGAAAAAAAGAAAAAAUUAUAUAAGAAAUAUUAAAAUAGUGAUACAAACAUACAUGUAACAGACAAUAAAAUGAAAGACGAAUA